AUUGUUAAUCAGUAAACAGUUUUGUUUGUUAAAUGCAACUCUGUUUUCUUCUAUAAAUGCAGCGCUAAACAACUAAUACUAACGCAAAGCGUGAGCAAAUUGUGCUUACACUUGAUUUGACAGUUUUGAGAGAGCGUUUCUCGCACCCCUUAUGCAUACAUAUUAGACAAAAAGCUCGAACGUCGAAAAUGAAACCUAGUUAAUGCCAUACGUAAUCAGUGAGCAGAUGAAUAAGUUUAAUAUUUAAAAGAAACGAUCAACAUUUCUUCUUGUGCGCUUUUUUCCUUUUAUUUCAUUAGUAUGUAUACACAAAGAAUCAUAUGAUUUAUCAAUUCUGAUAAAGUUUUGUAAAAACUCGACAAGGUCGAACUCCCAAGUCGAAAAUCGGAAUAUCGUCUGAGUGUGACUGGCCAUGUAAGCGAAGCUUCAUGUGUCAGCCCACCAUGAUGUGGUGCAAGAAGUCAGCAAAGUUAAAGUCCCGUCCCGAAUAUAAAUAUAAUGAAUCAUUGUAUUUGAGUCCGAUAGAUCUUCAAUUUAUAUAUCCACGUAUUUGUAUUGCUGUUAAGCACUUGCGAUAUAUUGAAGGCUUUACAAGCAACGAAUUGAGACGUGACUUUGGUUGAUCUUCACCACAAGAUAAGCGAAAAAAAUUUAAAAGCCAUAUGGAUCUGUUUAAUCCACAAAAUGACCUAUAAGUGUAAAGGCAAAUAAAUAAAUCCUUCAUGUUUACGAGACAAUAUAUACUAGUGUGUUCCUACAAUUUUUGUUUUUUACAAAAUUUUCAAAAAUGCUUAAUAAAUAAAAAGUGAUUUACGGAAGAAGAAGCGAAAUGUUAAGUGCUUUUUAAAUUAAUUAAAAAAAAAAAAAAAAAAAAAAAAUACCUUUUUAAUACUCAAUGCCAAAUAAAUAUGCUGUUGAAAAGUUGGAAUGUGACGAUUUUCACAAUAAUUUCUUGUUUUUUCAUUUUGUAUCCAAAUGGUGCCAAUUUUGUGCCUGGUGAAAAAAUCAAUUAUAAUCUUGUGCAUUCUUGGGCCGAUAAAUUAGGCAUGGAAUUAUUUCAUUUAGGAGAUUUUAUAACGCGCCGUAAAGAAGUUCAAGAGAGUUUUAAACAAGCACAAGUUGUUUCAAGAUCUGGUGCAAAAAUUGUGGAAAACAUGGCAAAUGAAAUUAAGACCAUGAUGGAUGCGAAAAUAAGCGCUGUUCGACGUAUAAUGGAUGCGGCUGAGAAUACUGCGCUAACGAAUGAUGAGGCAGAUAAAUUUUUUUCAUAUUAUAAUGCGAAAGAUAUGAUUGAACCGCAUGAACCUAUGCCCACGGAACCGCCACGCGAGCUGGACGAUGCCGGAGGGCCAAAAAUUUGGGUACCGCCCAAACGAAUUGUUCUAACACCCAAAGCUGAAUUCUUUGAUACACCCGUUAAUUUAACAGUCAGUUCAGUUCAUAUACCGACCAAUGUUUAUGAUCGAGCGACGGAAACUAUACGAGCUAUACAAUGGUCGGAAAAUUUAGACCAAAUUUUUCGGGAUAAUUAUAAAAAAGAUCCAACAUUAUCGUGGCAAUUCUUUGGUAGUUCGACCGGCUUUAUGCGUCAAUUCCCGGCAUCGAAAUGGAAGACGGAACCGGUCGAUCUGUACGAUUGCCGGUUACGUUCAUGGUUUAUGGAAGCGGCCACUAGUCCAAAGGAUGUUAUUAUCCUAUUGGACGGUUCAGGCUCUAUGACAGGGCAGAGGCUAGAUAUCGCAAAGCAUGUUGUAAACACACUACUUGACACGUUAGGUACAAAUGACUUUGUGAACAUCUUCACCUUUGGCGAUGAUGUAAAGCCUGUCGUUGGAUGUUUCGAGGAUACACUUGUCCAAGCAAACCUUGGUAACGUUCGUGAGCUUAAAGAGGGAAUUGAGUCAGUUAAAACCGCCUCGAUUGCCAAUUUUUCCGCUGCAUUAACGAAAGCUUUUGAGGUUUUGGAACAAUAUAAAUUGGAUCAAAGGGGCUCGCAAUGCAAUCAAGCGAUCAUGAUAGUUAGCGACGGUGCUCCAUUUAGUUAUGAAGAAAUUUUCGAACAAUAUAAUUGGCGUGAUUUGCCUUAUAAGCCGGUACGUGUUUUUACUUAUCUCAUCGGUAAGGAAGUGGCCGAUGUUAAGGAUAUUAAAUGGAUGGCAUGCGCCAAUCAAGGUUACUAUGUGCAUUUAAUGGAUACAGCGGAAGUACGUGAAAUGGUCUUGAAUUAUAUACCGGUAAUGGCUAGACCUUUAGUAUUAGGCCGUCAUGAUCAUCCAGUAAUCUGGACACAGGUUUAUGCUGAUUUUGUGGAUUUAGAAAUGUCCGAUUACUUGUGGCAAAUGAAACAAAACGAGGAUCAACGUGAAGAUAUUUUGGAAUAUCGUAGGAUAGGAUUUCGUAUGUUGGAGCCACUGGAAGUGCGUCGUCGCGAAUAUCGACGAAUGAAAGAAGCCUGGGAUCAGCCUACCGAUUCGGAAGCAUAUCAAUUCCUGACCACCGUAUCUAUGCCCGUUUACGAUCGUCGCACGAAUGCGAAUAUCACCGAACUGGUUUUAAUAAAUGAAGCUCUCUGGGAAUUACGUACACGUGAGACAAGAAUUGCGAAUUUACUGGGUGUGGCUGGCACCGAUGUACCAAUCAGGGAUAUUAAAAAGAUUUUAUCACCGUUCUUGUUGGGCGUCAAUGGUUAUGCAUUUAUUGUAACCAAUAACGGUUACAUAUUAUUCCAUCCAGACUUUCGUCCAAUAUUCCAGGGCUAUAUAUUAAAACCGGCCUAUAAUAGUGUGGAUAUGAUUGAAGUUGAAUUAUUGGAUGACGACAGACCACCCAGAGAUUUUAAUCCAGUUCUAUUGACGAUACGUGACUCUAUUAUAAACCAAUCCACCGGAAGUAAAUGGAUGUUAGUUAAAAAUCAUUUCGAUGAAAUGAAACGAGUGGCACGCGUGAAACGUCAAUACUAUUGGACAGCGAUACAAAAUACGCCAUUUACUCUGGUGAUAACCUAUCCAGAACAAUACGGUGUGAAUCGUCUUCAAAUACGGAUUGAGGAUGAAAUCCAUCGUAUGAACAUUAAAGGCAGCAAUACACUCAGCUACUUUACUGGCAAACGUUGGAAAAUUCAUCCGCAAUGGCUAUUUUGCAAGCACAGCAACAUGACAUUUGAUACGCCUGAAGAAGAGCUUUUAUGGUUCUUAGGUAAAAUGUCACAGCCCGGAUGGAAAUGGCCGUCAAGUAGAAGUGCACUGCCUCCCGAACAUACGGCUGCCAUGUAUUCUAACACAUCUGCUGGACGCAUACCAUCAUCAUACGAUAAAGAUAAUUAUUAUUGUGAUCGGCAGCUAAUGCAAUCAUUAGUUUUUGAUGCACGAGUAACCGAAUGGUUCUCAAAAAAUACCAGCUUUAAUUCCAAAGAUGACAAGGGAAAUGAAUUUAAGCAACGUUUCGGCAUAACAGUGGCUUUUCUCGCCACUCAUAGCGGUCUUACGAGAUGGCAAGAAUUUCAUUCCAAUAUGGCUGAGGAACUUGGAGCGGGGGAAACAUUUAGCGAACACAAUAAUAAAGCCGUCGAUGAGGUGUGGUAUAAACGGGCAGUAGACCAACAUUUUAUACGUGAAGAAAGCUUCGUUUAUUCGAUUCCAUUUGAUGCUGGCGAAACAGGGGCUCAGACAAUGGUUACAGCUAGCCAUGCAAUUUUCCAUACUGAAGGUGGAAAAUCCGCACCGGCCGCAGUAGUUGGUUUCCAAUUUCAGCAUACCGCUUUACUGAAACUCUUUCGCAAUAUUACAGGAAAUGGAUGUUUAAUGGACGACAAGGACUGUUACGUUUUGGACAACAACGGUUUCAUAAUCAUUUCACCAAGUCGCCACGAGACUGGCAUGUUUUUUGGUGAAGUUAAUGGUGCUAUCAUGCAUCGUUUGGUUGAAGAAAAUGUUUUUAAAAAAGUUACAGUAUACGACUAUCAAGCUGUUUGCUUUGUGCCAGACGGUGAAAACAAUUGUUCAUCAAAAUUUUUCUCUCCAAUAAUUCAUGUACUACGACUAUUUAAAUGGCUACUCACUACUGUUCUGUGGUAUAUUGUGCAAUACACUUACGUGGCAGCUGAAUUCUUUGAACCUCUUAUUGAUGAAAAUAUGACCGAUUAUUUUAUAAAUCUAAAUAAGAAUAAUGAAUGGGUAAAGUAUGUGACGUUGCAACGCACCAAACUGAAGUCAUGUGAUAUGCAACGUGACUUGUACACACUGUACAAUGAGAAAGAUAAUGUUGUUUACAAUAUGACAGCACAUGGUUGUGAGCGGCCAUUUGUAGUAUUGCCGAUACCGGCUAGCAAUCUAAUAUUGCUGGUUAUCGAUCAAAUAUGUCCGCGCGAUGCUACACAUAUACUGACAGUAAAUCCGAUCGAUAUUAAUUACCAAUUGGAUGCAAAUCAAACGUUACAAUGCUAUAAAAGAGAUCAUGAAUUUACACGAAUACGUCCAACUAGUUGCAUAAGUAAACAUGUAAAUGAAAGCUUUAUAGAGUUAUGUGGCAGUGCUUCCUCAAUUCUUGUCAACAUAUUUGUAAUAAUUUUAAAUUUAUUAUUGUAUGCGUUCCUCUAACACGUUAUUAUUAUUAUUAUUAUUUCAUUUAUUUAAUUAUAUUCAUUUACUUUAUUGUUAAAGUGAUAAGUGAUAAAUUUUAUACCCAUCACUUGAGAUAUAUAAAACGAACGUGUUUUAUUAUUGUCAUUCCCAAUUGCAUAGACUAAUUUAGCAAGUGUCCGUCCAUCGAUCGAUUGAAUAUAGUAGAUUAAGAGAAACUUACCAUAUAUGGAGUAUGGUAAGUUAAGAUGUAUGUAUUAAAAUUAAAAUCGAUCGCAAUUAUCACAAUGAUCGAUUUAAAAAUGCUUGCAUUUAAUCAACUGUUACGUUCAGAUGUGAUCGCUAAAGCUGAUGGGUAUAUUAUCAAGAUUCGCCCGAAGGCGAAUAUAGCUUUCUUACUUGUUAUAAUAACGAUUACCAUACUUUAUAUUAAUUAAAUUAAUUUUAAUUUGAAAACAAAUUGUAUUAAGAAUCUUAAUACAAACUUAAUACUAAAUAAUAUAUAUAUAUAUAUAUAUAUAUAUAUUAAUGUAUAUACAUUAUUGAAUUUGAAUAUAUAAAAAAAUGUUUUAGUAACAGCUUUUGAGACUAUUAAUAAGAAUUAUUAUAAAAAUUUUUACUACAUCGUGUACCUUAAUUAUAAUUACUCUAUACAUUUAGUUAAAUGAGUUACUUUUUUAAAAACGUCUGUUAAAGUAUCUUUUUCAAAUAUCUCAUAUUUAAAGAUUUUCUUCAUUUCACUUCUUCUUCUUCUUCUUAUGCUUGUAACGGUUCACUUUAUAACAUUUUAUUCGCAUUCGCUUACAUUAUUAUAUGCGCAUUGAUAGAAGCAAGACCAAUAAAAUCAUCGAAUACUGACCGAGCUGUCAAAGACAAAACUCAUUAGCACUAUUAUUAUAGACAAAUUUACAAAUAGCUUUUGAAAUCUUCUGCAGAGAGAAACAACUCAACUCAACUGAACGCAACUCAACGCAACUCAAACUUUCAG